UUAUCCGGUACUUUCCAGCUCUCACAGGCUUCCUGGAAGGAGAUCAUAUCAGGGGAAUAAAGAAAGCAAAGAAAAAAAAAAGWAGAGAAAMCUGAGCUUUGUGGCUUGAAGCUAACAUUUUCUACAUCUUUUACUGCAGCACAAACACACACAAUGUGUUUCUAUCUUUACAAGGACUUUGCAUGUUUGCAUUGACUUCCAAUAACAUCUGAAGCCUAACCCCCAACCUAAAAACAGCACUGCUGCCAGGCUCCAUAAGGAGCAAGUGAGUCCUCACAAGGUAGUAUAUUUUGACAAAAGCAGGCCUUACAAUGUCACAAAUGCUGGAACACACACACACAGAGUGGAGGCCGGUUGUGAUGAAUCAAGGUUUUCUGUGGGUAAACACUGUCUGAGGUCACCGACCCGGCCGAGAGUUGAGUCAUCGCUGCAGGAGUCUCAACAAAAGGCAGGAAAGUCGAGGACUUAUUUUUCACUUUGUCUUCAUUGGACACUUUAAAGACCGUUUCUGCCACUUUUUAACGUGUUAAAUUAAUUAACAUGGGCAGCUCGUCCUCCUGCAAUUUGAUCUGACCGGCCUCCGUUCGCCCUCUGGACCCUGGGACGGCGUACACCCACGCUCCACACAGUCGCUGCAGUGCUCUGUCUGCUCCUGACGCCUCAGGAAACACUCAAAGCACCCAGAAGKUUCUGGAGAGUGUGUCAAAAGGCCCGGGUGACUGGAUGCGCUGAACCAUGGCCGUGCUUUGGAAAGCGGCGGCAGGAGGGCUGAUCAUCGUCAGCCUCGCUCUUUUGGGGUGGCCAGUGGAGGCAGGGGGUAACGGCCGGGAUAAGAAAGAAGUGGCGGGUGAUUCCAUCAUCUACCUCGGCCAGGAGAGAGACCCCUGGAGGCCUUUGAUCCGCACAACAAUCAACCUCAGUGAGAUCCACAGCAUCAAGUCAUCUUUUCAGUUUCGGACCUUUGACCCCGAAGGAGUAAUUUUCUACGGCGACACCAAAAAUGGGGAGGACUGGUUUGUUUUGUCCCUAAGAGAUGGAUUCCCCCUCAUGCAGAUCAGCAAGGAAGACGUUCUGGUCAGCGUGACGGGCGGACUGAAGCUCAACGAUGGGAAAUGGCACACGUUGGAAGUGAGCAACGAGGGCAAGUUUGUGAUCCUGGAGGUGGACGGCUUAUCUGGACUGGAGGUGGGCAUGCAGUCCAAACAGACACAGGAAGUCUUCUUUGGUGAACUUCGACUGGCUCUUGGUGGGAUCCUGAUCAACAAGGACAAGUUGAUAGUUCAGUUUGARCCACAGAUGGACGGCUGCGUUCGGGAAGGCUGCUGGUUAAACCUCAGCAUGCCCUGGGAGGCCGAGGCCGAGGAGCUCUGGCUCUGCUAUCAAAACAUUCAACCAGGCAGCUACUUCUCCGGCAAAGGACUGGCCGUUUUCAACACCUCAGCAGUUUUCUCCAUCAGUGAAGACGAUGGCUUCAGGGUGGAGUUUUGGGGAGAUUUCAGUCAGAUGGACGGAACGAUUUUGAGCAUCAAGUCGUCACAGGAUGAGCUGUUAUUCACUGUGGCAGCUAACAACAACACUAAGGAAGUCAUAAUAAUUYUCAAAGAAGAAAAACAAACUGUGGAAAAUCGUUUCCAGAGACUGCUGAUUACUUUUCUGAAGGAUUUAGUCAAAGUGCUUCCAGACGAGGAUGAAUCAAAAUCGAUUUUGGUYGCUACAGAGGGCCACGCCGGUUAUUUAACAACUUUAAGAGAGGGUCAUCUUGCUGUCGGUGGUCUUCUGGGUGAAGGUGUUGGCGGCUCCCACUUUUUGACAGGCUGCCUGGAGAAGAUCCAAGUCCAAGGGAAGGAUUUGGAUCUGGAUUUAGCCAUCAAACACAUGUCAGUCUCGUCUCACAGCUGUCCUGCAUGAAACCAUGAAGGCCUGCAUGCGUGUUCUCUCUGUGGACUGCAUUUCUUCCACCACUUCAGAGUCCGGGCACCAUGAGAACACACAAUCAACUACUUUUACAGAAUGAUGUAAACAUGAUGACAUCRCUCAAAAUGCAAAAGAGGCACAGGCCUGUUAGCCUUCCUUUUAUAAAAUACUUUAGAAUAAGAUUAAAAAAUAAUAAAAAAAACAUGAAGAUUCUUUUUAUUACAGACAUGUGAAAGACUUAGGGGUGUCCUGAUACCAGUUUAUCCUUAAACCGAAUAUGAUUACAAGUACUACAGUUUGGGUACUUGUCAAUACAGAGUACUUACUGAGUUUGACCCUAAACGUUACACAAUGACUUUAAAAUCACAUUUCUUUUAUUUAGAACAAGGUGUCUCCUUCUUCAUAGACCUAAUGCCCCUCUGACUGGAUCAAAUGUAAUAUACAGCAUGAUACUGUGUAACAUUUUAAAGURAAUUCAAAUAAAUAAGAUUGUGUGUGUUAACCAUGAAGCUACAUCAAACAAAAUCUGACUAAWUGAGAAAYAGUUCAAGCAGAGAAGCAAAAAUAAUGACAAAUAUAUGAGCAUCAAACAAUGGGAAGUAAAUCCAUGAAAAAAAAGAUACAAAUUACCCAAAAACUUCAUUAAACAAAACCCRUUUCAUCACCUCUACAUGCACCUCUUUCAUCAAAGAGCUUGUGUGAUCAGUCAGAGCUCCAGGUCUGUGUUGGGGAUGACUCUCAGCUACCACCACACCACAUUUUAGCUCAUAAAUGGUCAAAAUGACCAAAUUAUUUUGUGUUUCCUGAGAACAAUCAUCUYGAAUCAGGUCGACUUCAAGCGUUCAUCAGAAACGUGUUUUUGAUGAUUAUUUCCUGGGAUCAUCUGCUGUUUAUGGGGGCAGAUGAUGUAAAGCAACAUGACCUAAGAGGGUUUAAAACCUGUUAGCAUCAUCCACAGCCUGAGCAGGUUUAUGAAGUGUAAGUUUAUGUCUUUUCUAAUUGCAGCUGUAACCAAAUAUACAAAUUAUUUUUGGUGUGUUUGUGGCCUAAAUGCAAAAACAAACAAAGGAUAGUUCUGAAUAAAAUAUGACUCCCCCCUGAAA